UACAACAAAGGGUGCCAAUGCAGAGCUGACUAUUUACAGCAUUAAAAAAUAAAUAGAGUUAUUAAAAACAUUCCAAUAAUAUGACGGACGCGGAGGAAGCACAAGUGGCCGCUUCGACCUCCACCACCUCCACAACACCCACCGACAAGGAUGCAGCCAAAAUUUGCAUUCUGCUUAAUGCCACUGGUAAUGUGCCGAUUAUAAAGAAACGUACGUGGACCGUGGAUCCCAACAAGACAGUCAGUUGGAUUCAGAAAUUUAUACAUAAAUUCCUGAAGCUGGACGCCAGUGAACAGAUUUUUCUAUAUGUAAAUCAAACGUUUGCACCCGCGCCGGAUCAGAUCAUCAAGAACUUGUACGAAUGCCACGGCACAAAUGGCAAAUUAGUUCUAUAUUACUGCAAGAAUCAGGCGUGGGGCUAAAUCGACACGCGCCAUGCUACUACAUAUUAUUUAUUUAUCUACGUUAAAAUUUAUGUUAUUUAAUUGUAUGAGUUGACGCUGUAAACCCUAUAUUUUCACAUUUUAUUUCCUCAACUCGAGGUCUUAAUUACGUCUAUUAAAGGACCAAAUUUGAAAACAAA